CCUUCUCUCUGAUCUUAUUAUAAAUAUGGCAUUUAUCUAUGAGAAUCGUUUAUCCUCAUUUCUUUGUGAGCUCGUCUAAAUUCCAGGGUGUGUGAAGGUAUUGAUUGUAUGUUAUAUUUGCCCCAUUGGUUUGAAAGAAUCGACGGCUGGUUCAAGAGAACUCGAAGAUGAAGGGUUCCAGUUCCAAUGAAGCAGCGGCGAAGACUAAUCAGGUUCCCCUGCACAAAACCAAACGAAAAGGUCGAAAGCGUAAAGAAGCAGAUCCUGUUGAAAGAAAGAUAAAGAAAAAUAAGUAUGAUCGAGAUCGUCGGGCUGCAUUAAACCUUGAAUUUCAGAGACUUCAGACCGUGGAAGCCCAAUUCAAGCAAAUGCAGGACAAGUACACGGAGCUGAAAGGAGAAAACGAAGAGCUCAGGUCUAUGCGGCCGAUUCUGGAAAAUCACGUAAUUGAACGUAAUCCUUCUCUUCAUGGAAUGGAAGCACGAACAAAUCAGCUUUCUUCCGGCUGGCAACUCACCAAGAUAGAGGAGCUCAAAAGACUUCACAAUGUGGAGUCCCAAUGGACGCAGCUGUGUACAGAGUUCAAGCAAAUGGAGGAAUAUGUCAAGACCCUGCGAAACGCUACUGACUCUUUAGCAAAUGACAAUGAAAUUCUGAAUUCCAGGGUGACACUUCUGGAAAAUGAAAUAGAGGAACUCAGGAGUAACUUGCAUCAAAAGACGGAGGAGCUCAAGAGGCUUCAGAAUGUGGAGUCCCAGAGCAUGCAGCAGAGCACACAAUUCUGGCAAUUGCAGGAAGAUUUCACGAUGCUGAGAAACUCUAAUGACUCUUUAGUAAAAGAGAAUGAAUUCCUGAACUCCCAGGUGCCACUUCUGGAGAAUGAAAUAGAGCAACUCAAAAGUAUUUUGCAUCAAAAGGUGCCCCCUCGCUCUUUCUCCCUUCUGUCUGCUCUUUCCUUUUUUCUUCUUUUGUGUUUUUCUUUUUUCUUUAUUUUUUUCUAUUAAUUGGCAUGAGGGAAAAAG